UUCAAAGGCCUAUUAGGGUUAGAUGAGUAUAUAAGAGUAUCCUUCACCUUCUCUCCGAUCCCUCGACAGUGAAGGGGACGAACAAACAUGGUGCACGUCUCUUUUUAUCGCAACUAUGGGAAGACCUUUAAGAAGCCUCGAAGGCCCUACGAGAAGGAGCGAUUGGAUGCAGAAUUGAAGCUUGUAGGAGAGUAUGGACUAAGGUGCAAGAGAGAGCUUUGGAGAGUUCAGUAUGCUUUGAGCCGUAUCAGGAAUGCUGCUAGAAUGCUUCUGACAUUGGAUGAGAAGGACCCACGACGUAUUUUUGAAGGUGAAGCUCUCUUGAGGAGGAUGAACAGGUAUGGAUUAUUGGAUGAGAGCCAAAACAAGCUUGAUUAUGUCUUGGCACUCACCGUGGAGAACUUUCUUGAGCGUCGUCUCCAAACACUCGUGUUCAAGACUGGCAUGGCAAAGUCAAUUCAUCAUGCUAGAGUGCUCAUCAGGCAAAGGCAUAUCAGAGUUGGUAGGCAGGUGGUGAAUGUUGCUUCCUUCAUGGUGAGAGUGGACUCCCAGAAGCACAUUGACUUCUCCCUCACUAGUCCGUUUGGCGGUGGGCGUCCUGGACGAGUCAAGCGAAAGAACCAAAAGGCUGCAGCCAAGAAGGCUGCUGGUGGUGAUGGAGAUGAAGAGGAUGAAGAGUGAGCCAAGUGCGAACUAUCUUAGUGUUUGGAGUAUUUGGCUUGUAGUACUGGCCUAUCUUAUUUUUCUGCAAUUUGUGGUUACCUUCUAGUAGAAAGAAAUGUAUUAAACAGAAGUUUCUAAUUUUGGAUUUUGCGCUGUUUUAAGA